ACACGCUCUACUCGUGGGUUUAUUGUUUUUAUAUACUAUAAACAACCUCCCUUUUUAAUCGCUUUUAACCGGGCAACAACGAACUAUGCGUAAAAUCUGCGCAAGCUUGAUCGACAGGACACCGCUUGUUAACUGCGUACUCCUCUACUAAAGUUAGAUAGCUUACUUUAAGCUGUGUUUUUGCUUUGACCUGAUAUAUUUUCAAAACAAAAGUGUCUUAUUUAUUUAUUGGUGUAUUUAUUACAAAGUAGGCAUAUUUAUAUGUCGUGAUUAACACUCCCUACCAGUUGGUGGCGGUAAUUCAUUUUUACUUUGUUUGCCAACAAAGUAGAAGAAAGAAGAGGAAGUGACGACAUUGUCGAGCUCAAGUCUGGAUCAUCAGCUUUGCUUCUCUAACUAGGCGUCAAAAAUGGAGACAACUUUUAAAGGCUGAUAAUAUCUGACAUUAAUUGAAGGGCUGACUAUAAACGUAGACCCUGACGGUGGUCUCGCCAAAAUAUAUAGUUAGAAAGCUACAUAGUGUUGCAGCGCGGAUGCGGUACUGUUUACUUCUGUUUUCCCGAGGCUGAAACCAUCCUUGUUUACCAAGGUUUUUUGCGGCUCGGUCAUGUCAGUCAAGGCUUGAAUCGCCUUCGGUAACAACAGCACGCUGUCAAACGUAAACAUCCAUCCUGCCCUCCACGAUCAGCGUAAUGGAGGCACAACACUGGAGCGGUGCUACCGACUGUUGUGCGCCUACCACGGACGACUUUCCAUCAGCUCCCCAGGGUGUUGUAUCCAGCCCCCCCAGCCUCGAGAACCUGUCCUGCACUUCUCCGAAUGCGGGUCAGGUCAGACAGCCGGAGCCCAUCUCUUACGUGACCCUCCAGGAGCAGCGGUGCGUCCUGAGCUGGUUCCAGGGUUGGUCCGCCAUCCAGAGGGAACGGUUCCUUCAGGACCUGCUCGGUAAAGCUGUGCCGGGGAAAGUGUGUACUCUACUGGACUCACUCAGUAGUCUGCAGGUUAAAGACCAUCUACCGAACAUCUUUGAGUGCCAACUGCGCCUGUGGACCCAGUGGUUUGAGUCUUGGGGAGAAGAGGAGAGGAAUCAUUUCCUACACAUACUGGAGGAGAGAGAUCCACAGUUUGUGUCCCAAUUUUACAGCUGUGUGGCAGGUACAGCAGGAAGAGACUGAGCAAUGUUAACUCUGUGACCUUAAACAAGUGACUGUUAAAAAAAACAAAAAAAACAAGAGAUAACAGUAUGUUGAAUUGGAUUUAUUGUUGAAGGUAAAUAAUUUGGUAUUAAGAGCAGGUAUGUCUGUUCGAUAUAAGCUGUUAUCGAAACAUGUUAUACAUUUAUACUUUUUUAUUGUGACGUUUUGUUUAUUAUUUAAGGGCUGCCAUUUCACACGUUGUGGCAGUAACCUGAAAUAAAAAUGGUUUCUCAUUUGGGUGUAAGAAUUUUCAAGCAUUUCUUUUUCUAAACCAGACUUAUUGAUUAAAUCACAGACUGACAAUUUGUUACGCUUUAAUUAAAGAACAUGAGUUGUUGUA